AGUGCCUGUUUUCUCAGAUGGGAAACAGUGGAGUCUGGGACAACUGCUGUGGUUCCCAGUCUCCUGUGUACCGGGCACUGCUGGCAUGCCACUGAGAGGUCCAUUCACAUUCGCCAGUGCUCAGGGAUGUGCCUGCUGCCUCCCCACCUCUAGUACCUUCUUUUCAAGCCACUGAAAAACAUAUCAUGAACUGCUUCUUCAAAACGCAAGACCUUUACCUCGAGAGCAGGCCCAGCAAACUAUCAGCACAUUGCCAUCUGCUGGCAGAAAUAAUCCUCAGCGGUUAAAAAUCAAAUGCCGGCGUGCUGCUGGGAGUUGUCUGGAGGCCAGAGGCGCGGGGCAAUCAUGUCCCACAAACAAAUCUAUUAUUCGGACAAAUACGACGACGAGGAGUUCGAGUACCGGCAUGUCAUGUUGCCCAAGGACAUAGACAAGUUGGUCCCUAAAACCCAUUUGAUGUCUGAAUCUGAAUGGAGGAAGCUCGGCGUUCAGCAGAGUCAGGGAUGGGUCCACUAUAUGAUCCAUGAACCAGAACUUCACAUCUUACUGUUCCAGUGGCCACUGCCCAAGAAGCCAAAGAAAUGAAGCCAGCGAACCGCCUUCCGGCCUCGAGCUUUCCACAGCUGUCCUCACUCCCUACCAUCUUUCUGAUCGUGUGACUGACAAUGUUGCUUUCUUAUUUCUCACUUUGAUAUGUAAAGGAUACACUGUUUGAAUGUGCUGGUAUCUGCUUUGCUUCUGGAGUUGAGCCACCAGUGCCAGCCACAGCCCUGUCAGAUGAGUGUGACCUCAAAGCCCUCGUGUGCUUGGGAUCCAGCAGGCCAUAUUAGUCAUUUGGCAGAAGCAUGUGAAAUCUAGAUCAUGGCUGUUACAGGGAUGGUGUGAAUUUGCUGUUGUGGCUUUUACUAUUGGGUAUUAUAUUUAUGAUGACUUAUGGAUUUAUGUUUCAAUGUAUUGGAAACUUUGCAUUUUAUCUGACAGAUCUCUUCCAUGUUACAAGCCUUGAUUAAAGGAAGUUUUUUAUAACCUUAAAAACAAAACAAAACAAACAAACAAACAAAAAAUCAAAUGCCAUUUGGCAAACAUUACUCAUAUUGCAGAAUUUGGAGGCUUCAAAUAUGUUCAUAUAACAGUUGAUACUUUUUCUAAUGUGACUGUUUUGCUCACAGGGGUGAAACAAUCUUGGAUACCAUAAGUUAUUUACUAUACAUCUCUCCUUUCUAGAACUCCCACAACAAAUAAAAACUGAUAAUGACUCCCACUUAAACUAACACUUUUGAGAAAUUUGCAGUUUAUGAAUAUUAGUCAUGUUUCUUGAAUCCCUUACCAUCCAAAGGUCAAGCUAUUGUGGAACUACACCAUCAAAUACUUAAACAUCAAAUUUUGAAAAGAAAAGCAUGUGUACACCUACCUAAAUCCCCACAUUUUAUUUUACAUUUAGCAAUGUUAACUUAAAACAUGUUCACUUUCAAGGAUAAUGCUUCCGAUACUCAAAAGUGUUUUUCCCUAAAGGAUACUCAGCCUAAAGUAUGUUAAGAGGAAGGAUCUACAGAUUAAUCAAUGGAAAGGGCCUGAUGUUCUUUUAACCCCAGGGAAAGCUACGCUUGUGUCUUUUCAGAAAAUGAUGUCACAGGUGGCUCCUGCAUUGAUGAAAUGUCUAAAGAUAGAUGACAUACUCAUCAAGAGAAGACACCCCAAGAGGAAGAACAAGCCGAUGACUCCGGGAGACAAUAAGACCCUAACUCAUCUAUGGAGAGUUUGGGGAAAUGGCAAGAAUACAAUACUACUGACCCCAGUAUGUUGCUGUUACGUUUACUGAUCGUAUUACACGUUAACUCUCAGCUCAUCAAUGCAGGGUCCACAUGUCUUUUGUCAGGGGGGAAUAAAAUGCAUAACUGUAACAGGAGGCAGUAUGGUAGUGUCUUGCCAUGCUAAAUAUUGUUUUUAUCUUUCAGAACCAGUAGCGUGGAUUAAAGAUGGCAUGCAGCCUGGUCUACAGAGCAAGUUCCAGGACAGCCAGGGCUACACAGAGAAACCCUUUCUUGAAAAACAGAGCACGGGGGCCGGGGGAGAAAUAAAUUAAUCCUUUACAUUUGUAAUUUGAAAAGGAGUUUCAAAUGUAGUCACGCCUUAAGCUUUGGUUGUGAUAAUUGUCACAUGGAAACGUUUCCAAAAUUGUAAUGUGCUUACACAUGUCAAAAUAAAACCGUGUGGGGCCAGAAGUUUGAACCUGUCUGGCUAACUACAUCAUGAGGAACCAGAUUUCUUUCUUCCACUGGUGGAGAGUUCCUCUGCUGGCCUUCGCCUUUGCAGGGAACCUCUGACCUUCCUGGGAUACUUGUGCAUUGUGCUUCAUUUCCCAUGCAUACAGAAUUAAAUUACGGCUUUUGAAUUGUC